UCUGCACCUACAAGCUCGGUGUUAGACCAUGUUCCUGUCGUCUAAUAAACCUCUGUUUUACUGGCUGGCUCAGAGUCCGUCUGGCUGCGGAGUUGGGGGGCAGGACCCUCUGGCUUCCCCAGGAGCCCCACCUGAGCGGAUUCGCUGUGGGAAGCGCACGGAGGGGCAGAGGAGGCUGAAUGCUCCGAGGUCAGACCCAGGAAGGUGGAAGCUGGGUGAGCUGUGUGUCCUGAAGACAGGCUGCUCCCAGGAAGGCGACUGCCCCAGAGUCCUGCCUGGCUUCAUGGGGAGCAGGUCCAGAGCAUCGCCCGGGGGCUCCGUGACAGAGCUCUGCCUCUUGCCCAAGGUGGUGGGCAAGUGCCGGGCCGCCUUCCCGCGCUGGUGGUACAAUGCCACAAGCCGGGCGUGCCAGCCUUUCACCUACGGCGGCUGCGGGGCCAACCUCAACAACUUCCUGGUGGAGGACGACUGCCGGGUGAGGUGCGCGGCGGCCGGAGACGGGGAGGCCGCGAACGAGACUCCGCAGGCCAGCCGCGGAGUUCUGCAGAGUGCAGACGAGGAGUCCCGUGGGCGCGUCCAGCCGGCCAACAACACUUUCACCUACGAAGGCGAGAGCUUUAACGCUGCUCCCUCGCCCUGCCUGUGCCCAGAACGCUGCCUGGCCAAAGCCGCCACCGGCCUGUGCCGUGCCUCCUUCCCACGCUGGUGGUUCGACGUGGAGUCCAAAACCUGCCGCCAGUUCACCUACGGGGGCUGCGGAGGGAACCCGAACAACUACCUGAGUGAGGCCGAGUGUCUGGCCAGGUGCUCAGAGUCCUGUGCUGCGCCCCGCCUGACCGGCCCCUGCCGCGCUGCCUUCCCCCGCUGGUACUACGACCCGGCUGCGCAGGCCUGCAAGCAGUUCGUCUACGGGGGCUGCAAGGGGAACAAGAACAACUACCUGCAGGAGGAGCUGUGUCUAAGCCAGUGCCGUGGGGCUGCGGGUGAGGGAGGUGCCUGCUCCCUGGGAGCCGCUCGUGGGCCCCCCGGGCGGCUCCCUGCAGCGAGGCAGGGUUUAGGGGGUGCUGAGGGGCCGGAGCCGGGCGCUCACUCCACCAGAGCGGUGGCCCUGGCCGUGCUGCUGGCCAUCCUCGUCGCUGUCCUGCUGGGCUCCGUGGUCGUCUUCUUCGUCUGGCUGUGCAGGAGGAGCCAGGAGCUGUCCCUGAGUGUGCCCUGGAGCCCCCUGGACGACAAGGAGUACCUGAUGAGCAAUGCCUAUACGCUGUGAGGCCGGGCGCCGGCCCAGGGGCUGCCCCUGCUCCGCUGGGCUUUGGCCGCGUGUGUACAGCAGAGAGCGGCACAUGUCCGGAGAGGGAGACUCGAACCGGCACGAGCCGGGUCUGUAGGAAUAUCCCUGGGUUAUAAACUCCCCGCGCCAGCAGCCGCUGCGUGUUUGUGCCCCGGCCACAUGGGCGGGGCCUUCGCUGCACCAAGGGCUCUUUUUGGUGUCCUUGGUUCCACUUUUUUAAACUUUUUUUUUAAACUUUUUUUUUUUUACCAGAAUAAUUACUGUGAAAACUGCUAGUGGCAGACACCUGGGGUCUCAGACACCUGCCCACCCAGCAGGGCCUCGCUGGGGCUCUGGUGCUGUUCCUCUGCUUAACCAGCCUUUAUAAUCUUGGGGGGGGGGGGGGGUGUUGUCUGGUUGGGAGAGAUUUAAAUAGCCAGAUCCCGAUGAGUGCUGGCCGCUCACAGCCCAUGCCUGCCUGGGGUGCUGUGGGGCCCCGUUCCCUAAAGUGCGGAGCAGCCGCUGGGGGUCCCGCCCUGCGGGGCUGCUCAGGGAGCUGGUGGUAGGAUGUCCCCGGCAUGGGCGUCGUGAGCGUCGGAGGUAUAAACGCACGGUGGGUGCCCCACAGGCAGGGGGUCUGGAAUUCUGUGAGCAGCCUGCCCAGUCCCCAACCGCCCCCCCUCCGCUCUGCCUCCUGUUGCCACUGAGCAGCUGAUUUGCCUGGGGGACCCCAUCUCCGCCCAGCCCCUGCCUAGCAGGCCCCGAGACUCCUGCCCCACGGCACGGCACUAUGCUGGCUGUAACUUCCUGGUCAGACCUGUCCUGGCUCCAGGCACGCUGGUGCCAUGGGAUCGGGGUGGCAGCACUGUGGGUGGGGUGGGUGACUCAAACCCUGGCCCUGAACCUGGCAUAACAACAGGGGCCAGGAAGUUUCUGGGCUGGAGGGGUCCAGCACUGCCCUGUGGGUAUAUUCUCCCCCCCCGCCCCACCGCUUCCCUAGCGAGUGUCUGAGCCGAGUCCUCCCAUGGGCCCAGCCAGGCCCCCCCUAGCCCAGCAGCUGUGGCUGCAGGGCUGAGAGACGGGCCGCCUGCCCCUUGGGCUCCCAGGGAGUGGGUGUGUUAGGCCCCGUUAACUCUUCAGGGCUCUGCAGCCGUGGGCUGGGCAGCCGCAAUAGGGGCAUGGGCAAGUCCAUACCAGGGAGGGCGCCCCGUCCCUGGGAGAGCAGGGCCGUUCUGGCCUGCAGGGUGCUCCCAGUGGCUGGCACUAACCGGAGCUCAGUGCAGCCCACGCUCCAAUGCCUUUCCAUGGCAUAAACCUCCUUGAAACACCCCAGGGACCGGUCUGGCUGGGUCUCCCCUGGGCUGGGUCCCUGGAGCGAGUUGUGGCCGUGGGGCACUCGCUCCCCCAUUCCAGCUCUGCCUCCGCUCGGUGUCUGACGCCAGCCGGCACCUGGGCCCGCCGCAGCCACCUGGCUCCCGGUACUGGCGGGGGUGGGCAGGGCCCGUUCUCGCGUCUGAGCCCCCUGUCGCUGGCAGUCUUUCUACAGUGUGGGGCGUGGAGCUCGCUGGGCUAGCUGUUAAAUUGGUUUUUUACACUGAGAUUUCUUUGAAUAAAGGAAAGAAGGAAACCGUU